AUGGAAUUCAGAACCCGGUCGCCAGGCACCCAUAUUCUGGACACAGCAGCCUCCUCGGCUCAUUUGUUCAGACACUGGCGUGUGAGCAACCUGUUCCGUUGUGUGACCAUAUCCCGCUGCUGCCGGCCCAGGAGGGCUGACGGCAACAAUGGUUCCCGACCCCGGAGAUGGUGGGGAGGGUGUUGGCAGGGAUGCCUCAGGUCACUGACUAGGAGGAACGCAAAGAGAUCUGACCCUAUAGGAAGCCGGCUGGCGGAAUGGGGAUUGAGCCCCCUUCCACAGAUUUGUGUGUGCCCUGUGGCCCAGGAGGACCGCCCUGGACUCGAGUCAGGUGCAGAAGGCAGUGUGGCUCCAGAGCCCACCCCAACCCCAGCAGGGGCAUCGGCAGCUCUGGAGGCAGGGGUGGUGUCAGGAGUGACUCCCGCAGCGACCCAGGAACCUGCAGGUGACCCAGCACCUGUGGAAGGACAGCCGGGUCCUGCCUCUGAUCCUGCUUCUGCCUCUGCCCCUCCUGUCCCUGCCUCUGUCACUGCUGCUCCUCCUGCCCCUGUAAGCCUGGCAGCCACCCUGGGGGAGCCUGGAGACCUGCCAGGGAAGAUCUCUGCUGUUCCAUCCCUCGCCCCUGACACCCCAGGGGAUCGUAUAUUGAUUUUCAUCAUUAUUUUUUUAAUAUUUUAUUUUAACACCUCUAGAAGAAUGAAUGUUAAAUAAAAAUUUUAUUUGCU